AUGGUAACCGUCGGUAAAUGUUGUGUUUGCUUACGACUUUCCACUGGCGGAAUAAUUCUCGGAAGCUUCGGAGCAUUCUCAAGUCUUCUUUUAGUUAUUAUGAUCGGAGCAUUUCUACUUAAUUACGAUAAUUAUGUGUUGGAAUCUUACGACAAAGGCGCUCAUGGUGAUCAAGAUAGCAGCAAAUUAGCAAAGUUCUUGGACACUUACAAGAAUGUUGUCAUGACAAUUAUGUCGAUUUACGUUGUACUUCAAUGCUUUUCUUUCAUCAGUUCAGUGUCGCUUGUCUGCGGAACUAUUCACAAAAGACCGAAACUUGUGAUUGCAUGGCUGGUGUCACAAGCACUUUUAACAAUCUUCUGGAUCUUGGGAUCAGUUCUCACAAACGACAUUUACAUGACGUUCUACUCUCUUAUCUGUGGAUACUUCUGGAUUUGCAUAUAUUCAAUGUACAAAUCUAUGGUCAUUAGACUAAGCGAUUGUUCUUAUUACGACACGGGAAUUGUUUAA